ACUAAAGUAUAAAAAAAGUAUACUAACAAGAUGCCUGGCAACGAAAGUAUUUCGUAGUUUAAGAACUAUGACUCAUUUUCGCGAAUAGAUUCUUUCAAAUAGUUAAUUUAAAAAAAAAUUAUUCAGUGAUUAUUUACGUCAUCGCGUAGGCUAAUUACGUCCAUCAUGUGGUUCCUGAACGCUCAAAUAGUGCAUAAACAAAAGGCUAUAUGUGGGCCACAUAUUGCUGUUUAUUUGUUUUUUUCAAAUUCAAAUUCAGUUUUAUCAAUAAGAGUGUUUAUUGUACCUACAUUGCAUACAGCAGUUCUCGGUUUUGGGCUCCCACUCGGACCGAUUCAAUGAAGAACUGUUUGUGAGCCGACUCAUUGACUCAAAAGUGCUAUUUGGUGAGGAAGGCUGUGUUUUAAGGCGCGAGCGCUCUCAGGCUGCAGCUAUGUUUACGAAACAUUUGAAACGUGUGAAAUCAGCACUAAAGAGGUCAUUUGAAGUGGAGGAGGACACAUCCACAAACCCUUCUCCUAUUUCCCGUAGAACAACCAACCCUCUACGAUCCUCGACCUCAUCUACAAGCAGCCGCUAUUAUGAAGCGAGAUCCCACAACUCUGAAUCCACCUCCAGGCAUGCUUCAGAUUCCUCCUCCAACCAGCGCUCACCAAAGUCCAGCCUGCGGCGCAUGGAGUUAUUGGGGGGCCGCAUCCAAGACACUGGAUCACGCAGGACAGAGCUCUCCAUCGACAUCUCCUCGAAGCAGGUGGACAGCUCACCCAGUCCAGGUAUUGCCCGCUUCGGCUUAAAGAGACCUGAGGUCUCGCUCCAGAAUAAAACUACAGAUGCACCAGUACACAGAAGGGCUGAGGGUAACCACAGCAGACCCCAAGAACCUCCAACACCCCCUAGGAGAGCUGACCCGCCAGUAUCUACGUCCCGGAUCCCAGAGCUGUCCCAGAGGCGAGCAGAGCCUCCAAGUCCUCUUGAGAUCUCAUCAGCUCCAUCUAGACGGGCUGAGAUGCACAUUAACAGACAGCUGGACACACCGUCUCCUGCAAGGGAGUCAGAGAACAGCUUCACCUCAGCAGCCAGCGUCACUCCUACCUUCAAUGAAUACAAAACUCCUCCAUCAGUACAUGAAGCCCCUGCAAGGCCUCUAGAGAGGUCAGAGGUCAUUUCCAGCUACAGCAGCAGUAGCAGCAGCAGCAGUAGCAUCAUGGCAGAGUCGGUUAUACAAGAGAUGCCCCCGGCCAUGUGUCUGGAGAAAGCCAGUGUGGACUUUUGCUACGUGGGCAUCGAUGCCAUCCUGGAGCAGAUGAGGAGGAAGGCCAUGAAACAGGGAUUUGAGCUCAACAUCAUGGUAGUGGGUCAGAGUGGUUUAGGGAAAUCCACACUGAUGAACACGCUCUUCAAGUCAAAGGUGAGCCGUAAGUCUUUCCUGGGCACUGCUGAGGAAAAGAUCCCUAAAACCAUUGAGAUCAAGUCCAUCAGUCAUGAUAUUGAGGAAAAAGGAGUUCGAAUGAAGCUGACAGUCAUAGACACACCAGGGUUUGGCGACCAGAUCAAUAACGAGAAUUGUUGGCAGCCCAUAAUGAAAUUUAUCAAUGACCAGUAUGAGCAGUACUUGCAGGAAGAGAUUAAUAUUGACAGAAAGAAGAGGAUCCCAGACUCACGAGUGCACUGCUGCAUAUACUUCAUACCACCCACAGGACACUGUCUUAGGCCUUUGGAUGUGGAGUUUAUGAGACGUCUAAGCAAGGUGGUGAAUAUCGUUCCUGUCAUUGCUAAGGCUGACACCCUGACUCUGGAGGAGAGGGAUUUCUUCAAAAAGAAGAUCAGGGAAGAGCUUCGAGCCAAUGGGAUUGACGUCUAUCCACAGAAAGAGUUCGAUGAGGAUGCGGAGGACAGAACAAUCAAUGAGAAAAUAAGAGAGAUGAUUCCUUUUGCAGUAGUAGGAAGUGACCAGGAAUACCAGGUCAAUGGGAGAAGACUCUUGGGAAGGAAAACAAAAUGGGGAACUAUUGAAGUUGAAAAUAUUGCCCACUGUGAGUUUGCCUACCUGCGGGACCUCCUUAUAAGAACCCACAUGCAGAACAUUAAAGACAUCACCAGCAGCAUCCACUACGAGAUGUACCGCGUCCGUCGGCUCAACGAGAAUAACACUCAGGCAAACGGCCUCGGCGAGCACCAUCCGGCCUCCCACGAAAUCUAGCGCCCCGAAAUAAACAACAUCCCCUACGCUCCUGUUCCUCACUCCUCUCCAAUCCCCAACCCUCCAUUCACCUUAUACUCCUUUACGCCCCCUUCAAUCAACCAUGGACCUGAGGUGAAGAGGUCAAUCAAGAGAAGCACAUAAUGUCUUUACCACCAAGCGACUCCGGCACAGUACUCUUAAACCCUCAAGCCAUCUGCACGGGCACUGGAGGGACGAAGAGCUCAAAAAUACAGCCGUUAAAGAGCUUCUCUAUAUACUGCAUGCGUGUGACUCACUCUGUUGAUGCUUCAGGUCCGUGCGUGCAGAAGUUGAUUACGAGGCAGUUUCUGAUUGGUCAUGCAGCAUCACUCUUCCUUUCGAUAUAGCCAUGAUUAUUUUACAGGAAAAUGCUCAGAACGCUCCUUUUAUGUGAUUCGUCGAAUGCUAUCUUAAUAUUUAUGCUUAAUUUUGAGCGAGACCGAUAAGAGACGAGGCUAAGUGAACCCAGAGCUAAAGUGGCAGCACCUUUUAAUAUCCAUUCCACUUUAUAAAACUACAGGAUAUCUGAUGUCUAUAUACAUACAAAGCAAAUACUAGUUUCCUACAACAUUGGUUUCUGCAAAUCUUUUAAUGAAAUCUGUGCAAAUAAUUACAGUAUUGACUCUGGACCCCCAGUACCAUGAUAAAAACAUAGUGAUGAGGUUUGGGAAUUGUGUUGUAAAGAUUAUCCAAAUUGAAUAGUAUUUAUGUGGAUUAAAUGAGAUCGUCUCAUAAUUUAUACAGGCGAUCUUAUUUAUUGCAGAAUGUGAUCUGAACUGGACAGAGAAUAGCGAUGCCUUCAAUGUAUUUUAAUGAAUCGUUUAAUUGUGUGUAUAAUGUCCACCUGGAUCACUGUUUUUAUCAGGCCAUGUUCAGUGUCAUUUAUCUUAAACCUUCCAGAACGCCUCGUUCUCUUCCAGUCAUGCUGAAAAUGUGGAGAUCUUGUCUCGUUUUUGUCUUAGCCUAGAGGAAAUUUUAAGUGCCAAGAUGUCUGUGUGCCUUAAAGCUGCCUGCCACGUCUGAUGAGGAGCCACUUUUAACAACGGUGAAGUUCCUCGGGCUUUGUUCUUGUCUGCAAUACCCUUUAUUAAUGCUCAGCAUUGGGAAAAUAUCUUUGUUUUGUACUGUGCUGUAUAUUCAUAGUGAUGAAAUUUUUGUAUUGGUUUUCAAAGUAACACAAAUAACUUUGAUAUCCUGUUAUUUUAAGGAAAUAAAGGUUUAAAUGAUAAA